CUUUCCCCACCAUAUCUCUCCCUUCUCCCCACCAGUCUCCCCUUCCCCCAUGCUAGAUCCACUUCCUUCCCGCGACGAAUCCACCUUCUCCAGCUCCCCAAGAUCUUCCAUCCACACCAUGAAGGAAAUGGAGGAGGUUGACCUCACCAUGGUCGGGUGGUGGUGAUGAUGGAGUAGCCAUCAGAAGCUGUAGUGCCUCCCGUUCUUCAAUGGCAUGAGCGAACCCAUGGGACAUCGAUAGGGGCGAUGUUUUUCUGCACGGGCAGGUGGUGCAUGUAGUCAUCGGGAUUUAUCAUUCCCGCAGCCCUCAACACCCACGGCGGAGGCACCUUCUCCUCGAACCUCCGGCGCGCCCUUCAACGGAGCCCGACUCGUACAUCCACAACGCCUCUAUCGUCGCCCGCUUCCUCCCCGACCUGCUGCUCCCAGGCGAGCCUCUCAGGUGCGUGUGUGGUGUUCGUCUCAAUUCUUCAGCGUGGGGGAGGUGUUGCGGUGAAGCACGAGUAUCAACAGGGAGCCGUGUGUGCGUGUGCGGCUCUCCAUUGUCAGGCGCGGGGAUGAUGGGCAGAAAUGACAUCGAAUAGCUGCUCUCUAUGACCCCUUCCUCGACCUCUCAUUGAUGUUGGUCACUAAUCCCAAUGGCCAAACAAAGGAAAUUGAUGGCUGUUGCAAACAUGGAUGAAUCAGAAAAGAAGGGCAAGGGACCAGCGGUGGCGUAGUAGUGGUGGGCGGAGGAGAAGCUGUUCUCUGAAGGAGGGAAUCAACAGCAUGCUCAACACCCACGUCUCCAUCCUUGACCUCUCUCUCAGGUUUUUGUCACCAGUGAGACUUGAUCCUUUCUGCAAGGGCAUUUUAUGCACCACAAAUGCUUCCUGAAAUGAUGAAGUGAGCAUGACUACUUGGCAAUCACUUCUCCUUUGCUAAUUUUUUCACCUCACAUGGAUGUGGCUGUGCCAAAAGCUCAAAUCGUUUCAACAAAAAAAAUAGGGGGGUUGUUCCUUUGACAACCGCCUUGACUUACUCGACAAACCGUAUAAAUCGGAAAUUGACGACACGACGCAAUAACUUGGUUGUGAUCAUUGUUUUGUUUAGUUUGUUUAGGAAGAAGAGGCAUCCCACUGUUUGGUAGUGUUUUUUUUGCAAGAUGGACCAUGUACAAGUGUCCAUGAUCCAUUAGAAGUGUAGGAUUUACGACCUCCACUGAUUAUGAUUAACAAACACCAUUUAUAUUUAUAUUCCCUAUUGUCGUAUGAUACUUUUGUUUUGUGUUAUUGGAAAUUAGGGGUAUGGAGUGAGGUUGGGGAAAAUGAUUAUAUGAGGUUUCUUUCUGGACCAGCUGUGUUGUUCUUUGUUGCCUGAUUUUGUGGUAAUGUUUUAGCCUGUUAACUUAUACUAUGUUUAGCCUGGUGGCUUCCAGUGUGCCAGCGUGAUAACACUCAACAUGUAUUGAACUUCGCAUCACUUUGCUUAGCAAAAUCUGUAUGAUUUUGUUUGUAAUGUGUUAGCCUGUUUGGCUCUUUUUUCAACAUGGCAUCUAAACUGUUUAUCUUGACAAUUCAUAUUUUUUAACUCGAAUUUGUUUCAACUCAGCUUGAGCCCGAUAACUUAUUCGAUGUUAGUCUGGUAGCUUUCUACUGUGUCAGCAUAAUAACACUCACUUUGAUAGCAUGUUUUAACUCAUUUUAUUUUUCAGCAUGGUAAUUCAAUUGUUUCUACCUGAUAAUUUAUAGGUUUUUGGCCUGAUAAUUAUACCAUGUGUAGUAGUUUAACUUGAUCUGCUUCGAACACUUUAACUUUACGUUCAACCUAAUAACUUAUGCAACUUGAUGCUGAUAAAUUAUAAUAUGUCAGCAUGAUAGGUCGUGAUGUGUCAGAAUGGUUAACCCGGACUGCUUUUUUCAGCAAUCAUAUUUUUUUACUUCAUCUUGAUGACUUAUGCAGCUUGAGCAUGAUAACUUAUAAUAUACUCCGUAUCACCCUGAUAAGUUCAAGUAUGUGGGCAUGAUAACAACCAAUUUUGUUAGCUUGGUUAAUUCAUUUUUUUCAGAAUGGUACCCUAAACAAUUUCUACCUGAUAAUUCAUACUUUUUAGCCUGAUAAUUCAUACGUUUUUGGCCUGAUAUAUUAUACUGUGUGUAGCAAUUUAACUUGUUCCGCUUUCAACACUUAAUUUUUUUUACUUUCAAUCUGAUAACUUAUGUAACUUGAGGCUGAUAGUUAUAAUAUGUCAGCCUGAUAAGUUGCGAUGUGUACGAAUGAUUAACUUGAACUACUUUUCAACACUCAUGUUUUUACUUCCACUUGAUUACUCCUAGGGUGUCAUGAUAACAAUCACUUUUAUUUUCCUAUUUAACUCGUUUUGUUUUUUAGUGUGGCAACUCCAAUUUUGUUUCCACCUGAUAAUUCAUAUUGAUUUAGCUUGAUAAAUUACAUUGUGUCAGCAUGUAUAACUCUAACCGCUUUCAACACUUAUAAUUUUACCUCAACCAAAUAACUUAUGUAACUUGAGCCUGAUAAAUACAAAAUGUCAGCGUGAUAACUUGUGAUGUGUUACAAUGUUUAACUCGGACCGCUUUCAACACUCAUGUUUUACUUCAUCUUGAUGACAUAGGCAACUAGAGCCUGAUAACUUCAAGUAUUUCAGCAUGAUAACAACCAUUUUUUUGUUAGCUUGGUUAAUUGAAUCCAUGUUUUUCGGCAUGGUAUACUACCUGGUAAUUCAUAUUGUUUUAGCCUGAUAAAUUAUACCGUGUGUACAGUUUAAUUUGAUCUUCUUUCAACACUUUAUUUUUACAUUCAACAUGAGAGAGCUUUAUGCAACUUGAUAACUUAUAUAGUGCCAGAAUGUUUAACUCACACUCUCUUAGCUUGUUCAACUCAUUCUUUUUUUCCAGCAUGGUAAGUUAAAUUGGUUCUACCUGAUAAUUCAUACUGCUUUGGCCUCAUAACUCACACUGCUUCGGCCUGAUAAUAGUAUGUCAGCAUGCUUAACUCUACCCUUGUGAUUUUGUGGUGACAUGCAUAUGUGAUCAUAUCUCUAGGUUUAGGUAGAAUGUUACAUAGUUAACAGAUUGAUUAUGCUAAAUUAUCGCCAUGGCAUGACGCAGGUUACCCAGCUUGCUAGGUAGUAGCAAAAACACUACAGUAGUGAUGUUGUUACGUGGGUGGUUGCGGUAAUAUCUAGUAUUCGAAUUGAUAAUUGUCCAUGAUAGUUCAAACAACCGAUGUAAUGUUGCCAGUAAAAAAACAUAUGAACAAUAUGGGUAACUCUUUACAGAAUCAAGUGAUAACAUUCGACCUAUAGAAGUCAUUGAAACGUUGCCGAAAACUUCCAGUUUAAUUUGAUGCCUGAUAAGUCCGGUGUGAAUAGAUUGAUAACUUAUGUAGCUUAUGCAUAUGCAUGGUAACUUUUGACAAAAAAAAUCAUUGGAACAUACCAACAUGGGAUCUAGUUUCGAAGAUCUCGUCGUGACAAUUUUUUUACGUGAAAACAAUUUUUCAAUCGGAUCAACGGUCUGAGCUACAAAACAUUUUGAAAUCUGAAUUUGAGAGGAAUCUUAGCUGACGUCAGCAAUAUUGUCCUGUUUAUAACUAGUACUGGUGAGAGCAACCGUAUGCAUGCAAACCUGCCCUGGAAAUGGCAUCGCAUGCUGGCAGGGGGCAAUCGUUCGGUAAUGAAACAAAAGACCAGGUUUACGAUCGUGUGGAUCGUGUGAAUCUGAUCCUUAGCGUACAGUCGACUGUUUGUUAGUCACGUCCUUUGCAAAUACCCCAAAACGAUGCAACCUACUGAGCGCCAUGGAGUCGAUGGCGUGAUACGCCCUGCACGUGUGAGCAUCGACGCUGCACAUCUUCCACUGGUCCUGGAUCUCACGGAUACGUCCGGGUGCAGCGUGAUGUGCAUGUCCGGACGAUUGAUGUAGCCGAUGGCGUGGUAGUCCCGGAUCGUACGCGAUGAAGAGAAGUACUAGUAGUCCUUUCUUCUAAAGAAAGAAUCAAAAUAUAUAUGUACAAGCAAGGCUUUGUGGUACGAAAUGCUCCUACUAUAAUGGAUCGCCAAAAGCCUCUUGCCGGCUUCCUCAUUCUGUCUCUUCCUUCUUCGUACCAUUUGCAUAGCCUGGUCAGAUACGUUGCUUUGGAUCCACUGCUACGCAGCACCUAUUCCUGCCUCCACCGCUCCACCAAUCCUACCCCUUUUUUGCGUCUUCCUCAGGUUAGAGCCGAUACCUUGGAUCUCCUAGUUACAGUCCAGCUCUCGCAUGCACCAGUGCCCCCUCCCACUUCCUUGGCGUGCUCCCAAUGCCGGAGUCACCAACGUCCCCCUCGCCGCCGGGAUCGCCGGCCAAUACAGCCACGCCGUCCGCGGCGUCGGCGCUGCUGCGAAUCGCCGUGCUGGCCGUCGCUUUCCUAGCGGUCCAGCUCAUGCUCUUCAAGAACCUCCACAGAUUCCCGACCACGCGGUUCCUCCCGCCCCCGGUACGCUGCAACCGCACCUGGGCUAACGGCGAGGUUGAGCCCGGCGCGUGCGAGGCCGGGAUCAUCUACGUCUACGACCUCCCGCUGGAGUUCAACCAUGACCUGGUCACGCACUGCGAGCGCCUCUGUCCGUGGUACUCGUUCUGCCCGUAUCUGACCAACGGCGGCUUGGGCCGGCCGGCCGCCACGGUGCCGGGCUUCUCCGCCAUCGUGCCCAACGCGUCGAUGCCCAGCUGGUACAACACCGACCAGUUCCCUCUGGAGGUCACCAUCCACCGCCGCCUCCUCUCCCACCGGUGCCGCACCAUCGACCCGUCGCUCGCGGACGCGUUCUACGUGCCGUUCUACGCCGGCCUCGACGUCGGCAGCCACCUGUGGGGCCUCAACGCCACCGUCGCCGACCGUGACCGCGCCGGCACACGGCUCCUCGAGUGGCUCACGAACCAGACGUCCUUCAAGAAAUCCGGCGGGUGGGAUCACUUCAUCACGCUGGGGCGCAUCACGUGGGACUUCCGUCGGUACUACGACGACGGGUGGGGCACCAACUUCGUGAUCAGGCCCGGGAUGGCCAACGUCACCCGCCUCGUCAUCGAGGCCGACCGGCUUGAUCCCCUGGACGUCGGCGUCCCGUACCCGACUGGCUUCCACCCGCGCGCCGCCGCCGACGUGCGCGCGUGGCAGCGGCACGUGCUGUCUCUCAACCGCACCAACCUCUUCGGGUUCGCCGGCGCGCAGCGGUCCGGGUUCAAGGACGACUUCAGGGAUGUGCUGUUGGAGGAGUGCGAGGACGCCGGGAGAGCGCACUGCCGCUCCGUGGACUGCAGCGGCACCAAGUGCAACGACAAUGCCACGACGGUGAUGAAGCUGUUCCUCGAUUCCAGGUUCUGCCUGCAGCCGCGCGGGGACAGCUACACGCGGCGGUCCCUGUUCGACUGCAUGGUGGCCGGGGCCGUGCCGGUGCUGUUCUGGCGGCGGACGGCGUACGACCAGUACCGGUGGUUCCUGCCGGUUGGCGAGCGGGGGAAGGAGAGGGAGUGGUCGGUGUUCAUGGACCGGCAGGCGCUGCGUGUGGGCAACGUAAGCGUGCUGGACGUUCUGCGGGGGUUCAGCGAGCAGCGGGUCCGGCGGAUGCGGGAGCGCGUCGUGGAGAUGAUCCCCAGGCUGGUGUACGGUUCGUCGUCCGACGGGCUCGGCGACGGCAUGGAAGACGCGCUAGACGUGGCGCUGGGUGGCGUGCUCAAGCGGUUCCGCCGCCGCCGGCGGAGCAUUGCGCGUGAAGAAGACGGCCCACCAGCUCCUCUGGUCGCUCGACGCGUCAACGGCACGUCGACGGCGCCUCCUGCUUCCAGCGGCAACAAUAGGCCGGUGAUCCGGCGGGGCCGGCGCCGAUACGUCUCACGGGACAGAUCGAGGAGGGCGUUUUGGCCACACAUAAGAACCGUCAUCCCCCCAGCACCGGCAUCAGGACGCCAAAGCUUGCAAACAUCAUGACCGAGCCAACAAUACUUGUUUUCGAUCACCAGGUGAACAAGACUUGAAGCAUGCAUUUAAAAAUGCUUGGAGGCAUCGCCGAAAUUUCGGAUCGUGGAGCAGUCUUGGGGUCAAACCUGCGAGAGGUGAUUUGCGGAGUGGCUGUUCAUACUAGUACUAUACAACGUGGUAAGCACAUCGAUCGGAAGUACUGCUGCUAGCCCAUGGUUAGCUCUCGCAGAUUAGUUUACUGUGACAGUGCUACGGCCGAUGCAUCGGUGUUUAUUGCAGUUGACCAUGAGAUGGAUUCGUUGCAGGUUCUAGACGGUGGGGGGCAGGACCUGACUGACAGUAAUGUAAUUUUAUACUUAGCACACAUCUUGAGGAAAAGUAUACUCUGUUAAUUUCCUUUUUGAAUUCGAAAUAUACUCAGUUAAGAUAAUAGUGUUACUCCCUCCGUUUUUA